AUGAGAAUAAUCGCUAAGAAUUUAGUACUGCUCUUAGUUUCUAUUCUUUUCACUGCUCGACUAGUUAACUCACAGCUUACAGAUCCAGAUCAGACUACUAAAUGUAGGCAGGAGUGUUACAAUCAAUACUAGAAUGCAUUCUUCUGUGUUCACACUAGAAACGAGGGAUAUUGCUGUCCCCAGGGCAAUACUUCGCCUGAAUGCACAGAAGAUCGCUCAAAAGAUGUAUACUGUUCUUCAAGCAUUGUUGAGGGCAAAGCUUUUAUGGAAUAUACCUAUUGCCCUAGAAGAACUUCAGUAUGCUAAACUAGUGGAUCUGUCCUCAGGCCUCUCUUAAAUAAGAAUUAAACUGUUAGUGUGCAUUAGACUAUGUCCUUAGUAAAUGAUGAUGUGUGCUAUUGGUAAUUCUUAAUAGAUCCAGUAGCUUUCCAAGAUAGUCAUCCAGCUGUGUCUCUUGCAGAUGUCUAUAUUAAUGUCAUAAUUACAGGAGCAGCAAACGUUGUUACAUACAUUGCUUAAGGAAUUAGAACGAAUGCGACUAAUUAAACAGUCAAUCUAUUGAUAUAAACUGCCUAUAAAUUUGCUUUGAAUCAAAGCACUAGCGUAUAUCUUAUUGCUUAUCCAAGUAGUUCGUCAGUCGAAAAACCUUCUUUAAAUUUCACCUAUAAUAUCACAGCCGAUUACUACCCACCAGGUGGAAUGACGAUAUAGCUUUAAGCUGAGAUCGCUCCUGAUGUAACUAGAACAGCUCUUUGGUAUUUCCUGAUAAUCACAGCAGUCCUAGGUUUGGCUAUUAUUCUCUUAGUAAUGUUCUAUAUCUGCUGCAAGGACUUUGACCCUGAAACUGACUUUGAAAAGCGUAGAAAGAAGCUAGCAAAAGAGAGAAAGAAGAAGGAGAAAUUGGCCAAGAAAUAAAAGGCUAAAGACGAGAAAAGCAAUAAAAAUAGCAAUAAAAAGCAGGUUGAUAAUCAGAAAAAAGAUGAUAAUAAAAAAAAGCCAGCUAAAAAGCAAGAUAGUUAUUAUGACGAAGAUUAUGGGUCCUAUGAUGAGGAGGUAGCUAAACCCACCAAGAAAGCAAAUGCUAAGUAAUAGCCUUAAGCUAAAUAAGAGUAACCAAAGAAAAAAAUAAAGAAAAGUCUAGAGACUGAAAUGAAUGUAAAGGAUGAAAAGAAACAAAGAAAAGAAUAAUACAAAGCUCCAUUUUUGCCAGAUGAUGAUAGCGAUGAGUGA